UCACAAACGGAUUAGUGUUAAACCAAAGGUCGCAACAAGCACAACGCACCGCAAACAUUAUACUAAUAUUAUUAACGCAUACGUUAAUUUAUUAAACAACGAAGAGCGACUAAUAAGGAACAUGAUUCUAUUUUUGUUUAUAACUUUGGUUACUUUUCUAGUGUAUUUAUGCUUCAAGGAUAUUAAAAAGCCCUAUUUGUACCCUCCAGGUCCUGGCUGGUACCCCUUUAUUGGUAGUUCUCACGUCUUUACAAGACUGGCAAGAUCAGAAGGAGGGUCCCAUUUGGCACUACAAAAACUAUGCAAACAGUACAACACAAACGUGUUGGGACUCAAACUGGGUCCCGAAAAAGUAGUUGUAGUAUCUUCUUAUCCGGUGGUAAAAAAAAUAUUAUUAAGCGAAGAAUAUGACGGAAGACCUGACAACUUCUUCAUUCGAUUGAGAUCAAUGGGUACCAAAAAAGGCAUUACAUCUGCUGAUGGAGAAUUGUGGACGAUUCAAAGACGAUUUGUGGUUCAACAUUUGCGUGAUUUGGGUUUUGGCAAGGGCUACAUGGAGGACAUGGUCAAACAACAGUUACUUCACAUUUUAGAUGUUAUCGAACAAAACGAAGAUCACGUUGUGAUGGGCGAAAUUUUGUCCAAACCGAUCAUGAAUAUACUCUGGGCCAUGACAGCCGGCUCUGCCAUACCUGAGGCUAAAUUGAAUAAAUUGUUCAGUUUGAUGGCGAGAAGAACUAAAAUAUUCGAUAUGGCGGGAGGCAUUUUGAAUCAAUUUCCGUGGUUGAGAUUUGUAGCACCAGAGAAAACUGGUUACACCUUGAUGCAAAAUUUCAACAAAGAAUUGAAGGAAUUCUUUAUGGACAUAAUAAACGAACAUAAGGAAUCGUGGCGGGAAGACAGGAAGGACGAUGUCAUAUAUUCCUUUAUAACAGAAAUGAAAAAGAAAAGGGACGACCCUCACACAACAUUUACAGAGGAUCAACUGGUUAUGGUCUGUGCAGAUAUUUUUAUAGCAGGGGGAAAAACAACGAGCACUUUUCUCGAUUUUGCUUUUCUUAUGAUGGCAUUGCAUCCAGAAGUUCAACACAAAAUUCAUAAAGAACUAGAUGGUUAUUUGAACGGAAAGAAAACUGUCGAUUUUAGUGAUAAACAAAAUUUGCCCUACACGAAGGCUGUAUUAUUUGAGAUAGAGAGGUUUUGUCAUGUGACCCCUAUUACGGGUCCGCGAAGGGUUUUAGCCGACACCGUAUUGGAAGGAUACCGUAUUCCAAAGGAAACUACAGUAUUGAUAAACAGUUAUUCUGUACACAAUGAUGAAGAGUUUUGGAAAGACCCUCAAAACUUUCGACCUGAAAGAUUUUUCGGGGAUGAUGGUAGUAAUAUGAACACAGAAAGGCUCAUACCUUUUGGACAAGGAAAAAGAAGAUGUUUCGGGGAAGCCCUGGCACGUAGUUGUAUGUUUAUAUUUUUCGCUGGAAUUUUGAAAAAGUACAGAGUUGAAUUUGCCCCUGAAUCCCAGAAGAAAGUCCGAAAAAUUUUUGUACCCGGUAUAAUAUUAACCCCGGAACCCUACGUUUUAAAAUUGACCAAAAGAAAAGUGUACUGACUUUUUAAUGUUGCACGUAAACAUUAAUAAAUCUUUCGAAUUA